AUGACAUUUCGUGUUUAUUCGAUUUGUGUGUGUAUUGUGAUAUGCAUUGGGGUACAAAAUAGUGCCGAUGCAUUACCAUUUAAAUGGCCAAAGGAAUUGCAAAACUUGAAAUUUUCAUGGGAAAAUUGUGGUCCUAGUACUGAUCCAAUCAAAAUAGUAUCGCUUGCUGUUGGUCCAGAUCCAAUUCGACUACCAGUCAAUAUUACGAAGCCACUACCAGCGGAUAUCGAAGCACAUGUGGACAUGGAGAAAAAACAUCUGCACGAAUAUUGUCCUUCGGUUCCGCCAGCAACAUAUUCAGUAUCGAAUUUAGUUAUGAAUGUAACGAAAUCUAUACCAUCGAUAGCAGAAGCUUUAGGACAAGACGGCUCAAUCUUUUGCAUUCAUGUGAAUAAUAAAACUUCCAGAUUCAAAAUUCUAUCAGUAGAAUUAAAAAUUCAAUUCAUUUUGCUAUCUUUAUUAAAGUAA